UGAAAAGCUGAGUAGAUUUUGGAGUGCUCUAGCUUUCACCUCCCACUGGGUGGAGUAGGGGCUUUAAGAGCAGCUGGAAUGUAGUUUCCAUGAUCAGAGUUGAGCCAAUUGUUGCCUGCCUGUACCUCUACCAGUCCUGAAAGGGUAGUGCUCUGAGCAGCUCAGCUCAGCUCAGCUCAACCAGCAGGCGCUUCCUUUGCACCCACCUCUCAGGGCAGUGCUGCCCAGCUAAGCAAGGAGCUCUUGUUUGCAGUGAAGAAACAUUUCACUGUUCCUAACAUGGGAGAAGAUGCUGUGCAAGCAGAAAAGUUCCAGGCUAGAGAUAACCCUGGCCCAGGGGCACUGCUGCACCAGGAAAAGGCAUCCAAUGCCAGCCUGGUGCCAUCGUCCACCCCAAGUCCCAGCCUGAACUGUGUGACCACUGAUGAGUCAAUCCGGGAGAGCUCCCAGGUGAAUGCCGUCACGGUGCUUACCCUCCUGGACAAGCUGGUGAAUAUGCUGGACACAGUACAGGAAAACCAGCACAAAAUGGAGCAGCGGCAGAUCAACCUGGAGGGCUCCGUCAAGGGCAUCCAGAAUGACCUCACUAAGCUGUCCAAGUACCAGACCUCCACAAGCAACGCAGUUAGCAAACUCUUGGAGAAAUCCCGCAAAGUCAGUGCACACACCCGAGAGGUCAAGGAGCGGAUGGAUCGCCAGUGUGCCCAAGUGAAGAGGCUGGAGAGCAAUCAUGCCCAGCUCCUGAAGAGAAACCACUUUAAAGUGCUCAUCUUUCAGGAAGAAAAUGAGAUCCCCACCAGUGUGUUUGCAAAAGAGCCCGUUCCUAGCAUAACUGAAGGAAAGGAAGAGUCUGUGGAUGAGAACAAGUCUCUAGAAGAGACCUUGCAUACAGUGAACCUGUCAUCCGAUGAUGAAAUGCCUAAUGAAGAGGAUGCCCUGGAAGACAGUACUGAGGAAAAGGCGGAAGAAAGCAGGGCGGAGAAAAUAAAAAGAUCAAGUCUCAAGAAAGUGGAUAGCCUCAAGAAAGCCUUUUCUCGCCAAAACAUCGAGAAGAAGAUGAACAAGUUAGGCACAAAGAUUGUAUCUGUGGAAAGGAGAGAGAAGAUUAAGAAGUCUUUCACCACCAACCACCAGAAGACAUCAUCAGGGAAAAGCUCCCCUUUCAAAGUAUCUCCCCUCACUUUUGGUCGGAAGAAAGAUCAUGAAGGAGAGGUCCCUGCUGAAAAAGAGACCAAGAGAGUGGAGACACCAGCCAGUGAAAAGGCCCCGACUGAGAAUGAAGAGAGUUCUUUCACUGAGGCGCCUUCAGAUGCAUCUUUCCCUGCAGCUCAGGUGGAAGAGAAUACAGCCGAAGAUGUUCAGGAGAAGCCUGUUGCAAGAGAGAGCAAGCCAGCAACAAAGAACAUUGAGCUGUCAAUUGUCGAAGAUGAAGAGUUUGAGAUGGCCCAGGAAUACUCUCAAAAGAACCACGAUGACCACUACAGACUCACCAUUGGAGAGACAGAACAGUCUGAUGAAGAGCAAGCCCAACCUGCCGUUCUCCAAAUAGACCAAACAGCGUAACUUCUGAGCUUUCUUUCAUGCCUCCACCUCCCAUAAGGUUCAGUUAAGGGAAUAACCAAAGUCUAUGAAUAAGCUGCUGUCUAUCUCCAGUGUUAUUGAUUCACUUUGUUACCUGUUAUUUCCUUUGCAGUAAUAAUUUAUUUCAUAGUAGCAUCACCCAGAAUGACCAAGACUUGCUGCUAUGUAGGCAACCUAUCUGUUGCUCUAUGUCUCUUUAUCUCUCUUACUAGUUGGCUCCAUUCAUACAGAAAUUCUCUGAGCAUUAAUUUAAAAAAAAAGAAAUUAAGCAAUUGGGAAAAAAAGUUAAUUGAUUUGGCUUAGAGAAACCACCAGAUGACUGGGAUACCAGUCAUGAAACCUGUGAUUCAAUGUUUCCUAUCUUACAAUAAUUUCAUACUUUAGUGAAUAAUGUAGCAAAAACAUAGUGUGAACAGAAUCUGAUUUCCCAUACUUUUGCUAACUGUGAUUUACUGAUCGUUUUGGUGGGUAUAUGUGUGGAUAUAUGUGUAUUUUACUUAGGUUCCAUUGCACUUGAAGCCUAAAGCAUUUGCAGAAGAUAGAGGUCAGAAUAUGACAUUCACUUAAAAGAAACUACUGUAUUGUAUUACAAAUGGAGAAGUCAUCAAAAAGAAAGAGAGAAAAAGAAAAAAGUAUAGGCAGGCCUAAUGAGUCAAAGCAAAAGAAGAAAAAAAGAGAGACAGAGGAAAAGUGGUAGAGAGAGAGAUAAGUAGAAGUAGGAAAGGGGACAGGGAAUGAGAGGAAGAGGGAAAAAUGAAAAAUAUAAAGAGAUGGGGAAAAAUGCUUAUAGUAUUAACCUAACUAAUUCAUUCCUUAAAUAACACCAUUUAAUGCUUUCGUAUACCCUGAAAUAGUAUUUUAGUAAAUAGCAUCCUUGAAAUAUUGUGUCAGCAGCUAUUUUGAAAAUAAUAUAGUAGAUGCAUAAUUUGUACAGUAUUAAAGCAGAAAAGUAGCAAGAAUGUAAUGUUUUCUUAAUGAAGAUAAUAAGCUUUAAAUGUUUCGCUGAGGAAACUCAAGAGGAUAUGCUCUAGAUAAGGAUGAAAUGACUUAGGCAACAGCAAAUACCAAUCAAUAUAUAUAGGGUUUUGCCAAGAGUUACAUCUUCCUCUGCCUUCACUUUAUAAUUUCCAAGUUGAAGCUACUUGUGUCCUCCUGUUAUAGAGUUUGGGUUUCCAAAUGGUUCAGGAUUCGGCACCAGAAGUUUGUGGGAAUGAGGAGAUCAGGUAAAAUGAAUUAUCUCCAUUCUGUUCAGAAUAUUAAUUGCAUUCCAGAACAUAGUUCACUUUCUUGGAGAUUAAUUCACAAAGAAGUAUAACCAAUUUUUUAUAUUCUUGAAGCACAGUGAUAUUUAUACACAUUUUUAAAAAUGCAAACAUAUUAUAGAUUUCAAUCCUGGCUUAUACUGCACCAAAGGGUUGUUUUCUCUAGAAGUGUUUUGCAGUGAGAAAUGCUGAUGUGAUGAGGAAAAUAUUACAUCAUAAAUAGUUUAAUGAUAACAGUAUUAAGGAAAAAAAUUCCAUGCCACCAGUAAGUCAAAUGAGGAAUUGCCUUUCCCCUUUCCUUCUCCCAAAUAGAGGUUCCUAGACUACAUACUUCAAUGUUUCAAAACACUUUGAGAAUGCGUGACUCAGCCAGUGGGGGAACUCUGCCAUGGAUGCAACUCUUAACCUUCUCCCAACUUGGUAAAAAGCCCUCAGGAACUGUCGUGGAUGAAAAUCAGCAGCAGCUGGUAGUCAAUCAUCUGCUGAAGGACCUCUUCAUUUAAGCUGGUCUGGAUCUCAGAAGAUAGGCAUCGUAUCUAUUUCCAGGCCUACUGAGAUGCACUGAAAGUUCCACCAUCUUGGUAGGACUUGUUAGAACUUCCACUCUACUGACAGUACCUUCAAGAACCCAGUGUCACCGCCAUGCCUUGAAGACAAAUCAUAGUAAGGUUUCAGUGGCAGAAAAGGACGUUAAUAUUAAUAUAUAAUACCCAGAUGUCUGCUAGUACAGGUAAAACUGAACAAACAUAUCUUGCUUUCUGUAAAGGUAAAUAUGAACACAUAAAUGGCUCCCAUUCCUCCAAAUGUGCAAACAUUAGCUGCUUUAUGGGACAUGGUAUAGUGGAAGGAACAUUGAAUUUGGACACAGAAGACUUAAAUUCAAAUCCCAGCUCUCCCACUUAUUACA